AUGGGUGAUUGGAAUAAUCUUAUAAAAAGAAACAGACAAUAUAUCAAAACUAAGAAUAAAAUAAAGACUCAAGAUGAAAAUAACAAAUUACAACAAUUUGGAUUAACAGAAAAUCUACAAACUCUAUUUCAACCAAUAUUGAAAAGUCAAGAAGAUAUUAUAAAGAGACUCGCGCCUUCACCUCAUAAAAAUCACCCGGAACCGAUUGAAUAUGGUGGUUUUAUAAUUAGGACAUUUCUACAUAUGAUAAGAAAGACGGGGCCCGAAACAAGAAGAUUAAAAGAAGUUGAUCUAUAUAUAAAAGCUAUUAAUCAAGAUGAUGAAUAUGCUGAAGACAAUUCAAUCAUACAAGAAAUAGACAAUCCAAUCACACAACAAAUAGACGAAUUGGAAGAGGAGAUAGCUAUAUUAUAUUGUCUGUCUGAACGAUGA